AAACAAUGUUUAUAUUUUCUCGUUAACUAUUGACACCGCAAAUAAACGAGCAAAUCUCCGGUUCUCUCCACGAAUAUCCACCCGCUCCCGGUCGCCGCCGCACUCCUUUCCCUAAACCCCAAAACUCCGGCAGCAGCAGAGAGCAAAUCAACACAAGAGAAGGUAACCCAAUUGCAGAAGAAGUUAAAAGAAUGGCCUCGUCAGCUGCUCUUCGAGAUUUGCAGCGUGACCUAGAAAACAAAGCCAACGAUCUUAGCAAACUUCAAAAAGAUAUAUCAAAGAACCACCAAAUCAGAAAGAAGUACACUAUUCAACUAGGUGAAAAUGAGCUUGUUCUCAAGGAAUUGGAUCUAUUGAAUGAAGAUGCGAAUGUUUACAAGUUGAUAGGGCCAGUGCUUGUGAAGCAGGACUUGGCUGAGGCAAGAGCCAAUGUCAAAAAGCGAAUUGAAUACAUUUCUGCUGAACUAAAGCGAUUAGAUAGUACUCUUCAAGACUUGGAGGAAAAGCAAAACAGCAAAAAGGAAACGAUUCUGAAGUUACAACAAAAGAUUCAGUCUCUCCAAGCUGGAAAAGGCAAGGCCUAAUGCACGCCUCUGGUGGUACUCUACACUACACUGGUCGGUUGAUUUUGAUCCGUAUUAAUAGCAGGAUUACAGUGUCUUGUCGUCCCAGACACUCAGACGUUUACCUUAUUGUUCGAUUGGCUUUUGUAGAUCCAUGGUUUUGUACUUCGUAUGAUUUUGAAUUACAUCUGCUGAUUAAUUUUCUAUCUAGCUACAAUCUCCUCUUCUUUUUAUGGUUAAUUAUUGUGGCCGCAAGCAUUAUUUCAAGGA